CAAAGAUGGCGUCCACGCUACUUGUCCUUCUGCUAUGCACACCAAUACCAUCGCUUACUACCCAUGUACGGGGACCACCACCUGGCCCGCUUCACCGACGCUCGAAUGUGCCGCCAGAAGGAUACUUCGAUCCGUUGAAUAAUGGCGGGAGCAUGCUCACGCAAGUCCCAGGAACGUUUCCCGCUGGCUUGGGAGAGCCUAUAAAUGUUAUCAUAUCUGAAGACUCUGACUCCGAUGUCCUGAAGAAUCAGGAGACAGAUGGAGGCAUGCUCAACUACUUCCUCUCCUUUGGAUAUGCUACGGAAUGUCUGGGGCAGCACUCGGGCGAUGACCAGGCGGCGAACCUUGGGGACGGGAAUGGGUACUUGAACGAGACUGCCGUUAUACGGUGGGAUUAUGGAGACCCGCAAUUGGGUUCGUGCAGGGAGACUAUAGACGGUGGUGCCCACUUCCGAAUAUGGGUGCAGAAUGGUAACGAAGCCGACAGCGGCGCUGUCUUCGUGGCCGCAUCGUAUGAAGAAUCGCUAGCUGACGAACAUGACAUCAUCUACAAUGGCUACAAUCUUGGCCGAGAUUGGAUGAUCGGGAAUGCCACCAAUCAAUCGUCCAUAAUACCCACAAGCAAUGUCACCAACCAGACCACCUACAACGGCCAGACAUCUUUCGGCGGCUACACCUACGAAACUAACGUCAAGUAUAUCAGCGGCUUGCUGCAGAACACAAGCCAAGGUAUUAACCACUAUCUCACGGUGGGUGGAAACGGCGUGAACGCUGUAGACGGUUUGGUUGCCGUGAUGCAGGUUAGCAUUGUCGAAAGGCCGGCUACUUCCGGCGUGGGGCACAUAUCUGCGCCGUCAGUACAGGCUUGGCUCCUUUUUGCCCUGGUGGCACUUUCCUUUCCCCCCUCUCUCUUUUAGACGCUAUAGAGUGAACAUGGCUCUCGGACUAUAACCUCAUCUCAUAUGUUACACCAUCUUCAGCGUACACCCAAGGAACACUCCCCUCGUUAUACCCUGAAUAAGGGAUAGAUAUACAUCUCCGGCCUAGUAGUUCUGCGCUCAGUAGCCCGCAUGCUUUGCAUGGAUUGCACAUCUGUACAAUGAC